CUAACUUCUUGCCCUCGAUCGCCAUCAACCAAGUUAUUAGAAAGCACUGGGAGAAUUCUCUGAAUUGAUAUUGCGAAAAUACUGGCUUCUUCAAUCAUGUCAACCUGGAUCUCAAGCAUACCUUCACCUGGGGAGUUCUUUCCCCCAACUCCCCAAGCUUCAAAUCUUCUCUUCAACUUCUACAGAUUCUGGCCAAUUGCUUCGCUACUACAAUGGACGCCUUUAGGCAGUCUCCAGGCAAUGGGCAAGACUUCUUCAGCCUCUCGCUUCAAUAUUCCAGGCCGACUUGCAUGGGUUGUUGCGGAAAGCUGUGGUCCGCUCAACCUUCUCUAUAUUCUGUAUACCUUGCCAGAGAAGCUGAAACCAACACCACAAGCAUCGACAAGCUUCCUCGGUACUGGGCUUCCAGCUCAGUAUGAGGUUCUGGUAUGCUUGUAUCUCAUCCACUAUGUCAAUCGAGCGAUAGUCAUGCCAGUAUUCGUUGCUCCGAGUAUGUCGCCAAUCCACCCUUUGAUCGCGAUCUUCAUGACUCUACACCAAUUCCUAAACUCGAGCAACAUCGGUUGUGGAAUGGUGUACUCUGCAUUGAAGCAAGGGACAGAGAACAGCUCUUUGUUCUCGUUCGGCUCGGUUGUUGGGUCGAUCGUCGGGUUAGCUGUUUUCUUCGAAGGUCUAUACAGGAACAUCAUGUCGGAGCGAACUUUGCAUCAACUACGCCGGGAUGCAGCCAAACGCAAAGCAAAAUCUGAAGGCAAAGUCGAGAUCACUUACGACAAGGUCUACGUGAUUCCUCCAGCCGAAGGCUACUUCAGAAACAUCUUGUUUCCUCACUAUACCUGGGAAUGGAUUGAAUGGGCUGGCUACUGGAUUUUGGCAGGGACAUGGGGUCUGGGCUGGGGAUGGCAGAGCCCUGCUUUAUGGUUUCUGAUUGUCGAGGUGACCACGAUGCUUCCAAGGGCGGUGUCUGCGCGAAGUUGGUACACAGAGAAAUUUGGCAAACGGGCUGUUGGUGGCAGAGCAGCUGCAAUCCCUGGGUGGCUGUAGAGAUCUUACAGUCCGUUGAACUGUUGGCCUGUUGCCAAGUGAAAGACAAAACGUGUGCCGGGAUGUAGCUGGUGAUGGCGUGAUAGCGAUGGACCUCGGAUGCGCAAGAGACCACCCACUUCCACUUAGGGACCAGGCACCCAGCCAGGUGCAAAGGCGCCGCAGCUGAGUGGUCAAUCAAUGCUCGACUUGCAUUAAGCUCCAUGAUGC